UUUUUCAUGCCCUGCAUUGACUAUAAAUACUGUCAGCUUUGCCUUCAAACCACUUACUGAGCAGGCUUAUAUUCUAGGUUCUACCAUGUCAGGAAGAGGCAAGCAGGGUGGCAAGGCUCGCGCCAAGGCCAAGACCCGCUCCUCCCGGGCCGGCCUGCAGUUCCCCGUGGGCCGCGUGCACCGGCUGCUCCGCAAAGGCAACUACUCGGAGCGCGUGGGCGCCGGCGCCCCGGUGUACCUGGCAGCCGUGCUAGAGUACCUGACGGCCGAGAUCCUGGAGCUGGCGGGCAACGCGGCCCGCGACAACAAGAAGACGCGCAUUAUCCCGCGCCACCUGCAGCUGGCCAUCCGCAACGACGAGGAGCUCAACAAGCUGCUGGGCCGCGUGACCAUCGCGCAGGGCGGCGUCCUGCCCAACAUCCAGGCCGUGCUGCUGCCCAAGAAGACCGAGACCCACCACAAGGCCAAGGGGAAGUGAGGCCCUUGAUAGAAAGCAACCCUUUCCAACCACCAAAGGCUCUUUUCAGAGCCACCUA